AUGUUAAAGUCGAUAAUGUCCUGGCAUAAUUCGCGGUAUCUUGAGCACACGACAGCUAAAAAAUAUCGCGGGCAAAUUUCUGCUUGUUUCGAUCAAUUUCGGCGUCAAAUUUUAUCGCGUGUCGCGAACCAGACGCUGAGUGUUUCGACACAACCCGCGGUAACGGUGGAGGGCCCGGUGUCUAAAAUGUCUCCACCAACAAACGACGUCACCAGUGUGGUGGCGGCGGCAGCAGCGCCGCCGCCGCCGCCGCCGCCGCCUAAUAAUAAUCUUCCGAGAGUCAACCCAGCCAAUCCAGCCAAUCCAGCCAUCAACACCUUCCAGAAUCACAAGCGUACGGCCAAUGACUUUAUUUUUGGUAAAGUUGUAGGUGAAGGCAGUUUUUCCACCGUCUACAUCGCCAAAGACAUCCACACAAACCGUGAGUACGCGAUAAAGGUCUGCGAGAAGCGCCACAUCAUCAAAGAGAAGAAGACUGAGUACGUUAAACGCGAGAAAGAAGUGUUAAAUAUGCUCGCUGGAGCCCGUCACUCCUUUGUGAGACUCUUUUGCACCUUCCAGGAUGUCGACAGACUGUAUUUUGUGCUCUCCUACGCCAAGAACGGCGAGCUUCUUCCUUACAUCAACAAGGUUGGCUCCUUUGACAUCGAGUGCACCAAAUUCUACUCUGCGGAAAUACUCCGGGGCUUGGAGUAUCUCCACGGAUUGGGAAUCAUCCACCGAGAUCUCAAGCCCGAGAAUAUUUUGCUGGACGAGAAAAUGCACAUCCUGAUCACCGACUUUGGGAGCGCCAAGAUCCUCAAAGAGGACCCGGAACAGUUAAACACUUCUGCAAAGACAAUCUCCUCUAGAGGUUCUUCGGAGUCUGACCAAGAGCGACCUCGCCGACGGGAACGAAGAAAUUCUUUUGUAGGAACUGCCCAGUACGUAUCACCUGAGAUCCUGACCGACAAACCUGCCUCGAGGGCGUCAGACCUUUGGGCUCUCGGCUGCAUAAUUUACCAGAUGGUCUCUGGACUCCCGCCGUUUUAUUCCAAGAGCGAGUACUUGAUUUUCCAGCAAAUUCUCAAGCUAGAUUACGAGAUUCCUGACGGGUUCUGUCCCCUGGCCAAGUCUCUGGUCAGCCAGCUUUUGAUCAUCGAGCAGACUGAAAGACUUGGUGCCAUCGAUGAACACGGAUCAGGAUAUCCGAGCAUCAGAGCUCAUCCCUUUUUUGAGGGUGUAGAUUUUGAGACUCUCCAUGAACAAGUUCCUCCAUCUAUCUAUCCAUAUCUCCCUGGAACAUCAGAACACGAAGAGAUGCGCUCUCACUACCGGGUUCCUGAUCACCUGGAACCCGGGCUGGAUGACAAACAGCUAACGAGGUUGCUUGGGCUUGGAAUAGGUCAAGAAACUCAGGAAAAACCAGCUCCGGUAAUCUCUGUGGUGAAGAAACCCAAACAGAAAUCGAGUUCAAGUAUUGUUGAUUUGACACCCGGAGAGUUUCAGAGCAGAUUGGAACUCCAGAGAACAACCAAUCAGUGGCAUCCUUUUGUCGAUCAUCAGGUUAUCUUGAAACAAGGGUUCAUUAAUAAGCGAAAGGGAUUGUUUGCCAGAAGGAGAAUGCUCUUGCUUACUACUGGACCACACUUGUUUUAUGUCGAUCCUUUUAAUAUGGUUCUCAAGGGGGAGAUUCCUUGGAGCAAGGAACUCAGGGUGGAGCCUAAAAAUUUUAAGAUUUUCUUCGUUCACACGCCUGACAGAACGUACUAUCUUGAAGAUCCAGAAGGAUUCGCCCUUGAGUGGUGCCGAGUUAUCGAAGAAAUGCGCGUCCACUACUACGGACUUCAGGAGAGUAAAAAAUCCCAUUAA